UGACACUCACUGGACAACUGCGGUAAUGACAGGAAAGUUCAGGAACUCACUGGAAGUAAAACAGGCUUCUUUAUAAAGCCUGAGCAGCUCACAGCGCUCAGGUCAAAUCAAAGAGAGCUGCUACGCUAUCUGACAGAGCAAUCAAGAGUCAACACAACCGUAGAAGAGAAUGUUGAGUCUGUACGGCUUACAGCCUUCAUUCAGCCCAUUCAUGGACAUUCCCUGGCCUGUGCGCAGUCUGUGGCCUGAGGUUGUUCCUCUUUACCAUCACAGAGAUGCACUGCUGAAAAACAUGCAGGGCAUAGAGACUACUUUGAAGCUUUUGGAGAAACUUCAGCACGAGAUCUUUCAGAAAGUCUCCCAGACCGCCGCCUCUGACGUGGUCCAGCCGCUCUCCUACGCAGUGGAGAAAGAGGGAGGUGGUUUUGCCUUGACCCUGGAUGCUAAAGGCUUCUCCCCCGAGGAACUGUCCGUCAAACAGGUGGGAAGGAAGCUGCGCGUCUGCGGGAAGACAGAGAAGAGAGAGGAAGAUGGGAAAGGAUCUUACUCACACAGAGUCCAGGAGUUCAGGCGGGAGUUUGUCUUGCCGGAAGGAGUGAAUCCAGAGGCGCUGAGCUGCUCCCUGGCUGAUGGAAAACUAUUCAUUCAGGCACCAAACACACAGCAGUCUGAAAAACCUGACAGAGUGCUAACCAUCGACAGCAGUCAAGCUGGUGAGAUAGCUCGGUCAGAAACCACACAGACCCAGGACAGCACCACUGAAACACAGAGAGCAGCGGAGCAAAAGCUUGGCUGAAGAGAGCGAGAACGUCUGUAGCAGAAUUGUACGGCUCCGCGUGUAGGGCCAGUGCGGCAACUUUUUUAUCUGUCCAUUGGAAAUAUAAUGACGUAGAUAUACUGUUUUUAAGCCUCUUAUAAUGUCUACUUCUCCUGUGCUUCGUUUCUUUGUUUGUACAAUUUUGUUAUGCAAUUUGUACUAGAGUUGUAAAAAAAGUCUUCAAAAAUAAAGACAAUUUCAUUUCGCUA